AUGGCCGGCCUGGCUCUCCUGGGCCUCUCGGCUCUGCUGGGCCUCGGAGCAGGGGACCCGCUGUGUCUGUCCCGGCAGCUCAGGAUGCGGGGGGACUACGUGCUGGGUGGGCUCUUCCCCCUGGGCGCAGCCGAGGACGUGGGUCUCGGCCCCAGGACCCAGCCCAACACCACCGUGUGCACCAGGCUCUCGUCGCUCGGCCUGCUCUGGGCGCUGGCCAUGAAGAUGGCCGUGGAGGAGAUCAACCGGGGGUCCGCCCUGCUGCCGGGCCUGCGCCUGGGCCAUGACAUCUUCGACACCUGCUCGGAGCCCGUGGUGGCCAUGAAGCCCAGCCUGGGGUUCAUGGCCGCGGCGGGCAGCUGGGACAUCGCCGCCUACUGCGACUACGCGCGGUACCAGCCCCGCGUGCUGGCCGUCAUCGGGCCCCACUCCACCGAGCUCGCCCUCAUCACCGGCAAGCUCUUCGGCUUCUUCCUCAUGCCCCAGGUCAGCUACGGGGCCAGCACGGACCGGCUGAGUGACCGGGAGGCCUUCCCCUCCUUCUUCCGCACGGUGCCCAGCGACCGCGCCCAGGUGACGGCCGUGGUGGAGCUGCUGCACGCGCUCCAGUGGAACUGGGUGGCCGCCAUGGGCAGCGACGACGAGUACGGCCGGCAGGGACUGAGCCUCUUCUCCAGCCUGGCCAACGCCCGGGGCAUCUGCAUCGCCCACGAGGGCCUGGUGCCGGCGGCCGGCGCCCACGGCCCGCAGCUGGGCGCCGUGCAGGGGCUGCUGCGCCAAGUGAACCAGAGCCGCGUGCAGGUGGUGGUGCUGUUCUCCUCUGCCCGGGCCGCCCGCGCCCUCCUCAGCUUCAGCAUCCGCUGCGGGCUCGAACCCAAGGUGUGGGUGGCCAGCGAGGCCUGGCUGACCUCGGCCCAGGUCCUGUCCCUGCCCGGCCUGGCCCAGGUGGGCACAGUGCUGGGCUUCCUGCACCGGGGCGCCCCGAUGCCCGACUUCCCGUCCUACGUGCGUGCCCACCUGGCCCUGGCCGCCGACCCCGCCUUCUGCGCCUCGCUGGACGCAGAGCAGCCAGACCCGGAGGGCCACGUGACGGGGCCGCGCUGCCCGCAGUGCGACCGCGUCUCGCUGGAGGAUGUGUCUGCCGGCCUCCUGCACCACCAGGCCUUCUCGGUCUACGCGGCCGUGUACAGCGUGGCCCAGGCCCUGCACAACACGCUGCUCUGCAAUGCCUCGGGCUGCCCCCCACGGGCACCCGUGAGGCCCUGGCAGCUCCUGGAGAACAUGCACAACAUGAGCUUCCGGGCGCGUGGCCUGCCGCUGCGGUUUGACGCCAGCGGGAACGUGGACAUGGGCUACGACCUGAAGCUCUGGGUGUGGCGGGACCCGGCGCCCGAGCUGCACACAGUGGGCAGCUUCGACGGCCGCCUGCAGCUGCAGCUGCCCCAGAUGCGCUGGCACACGCCGGGGAACGUGAGGCCUGUGUCCCAGUGCUCCAGGAAGUGCCAGGAGGGCCAGGUGCGCCGGGUGAAGGGGUUCCACUCCUGCUGCUACGACUGCGUGGACUGCAAGGCAGGCAGCUACAGGCGCAGCCCAGACGACCUCUUCUGCACCCCGUGCGGCCAGGACCAGUGGUCCCCCGACAGGAGCCUGCGCUGCUUCCCCCGCAGGCCCAGGUGCCUGGCCUGGGGGCAGCCGGCCGUGCUGCUGCUGCUCGCGCUGCUGGCCCUGACGCUGGGCCUGGUGCUGGCGGCCCUGGGGCUGUUCGUCCGGCACCGGGACAGCCCCCUGGUGCAGGCCUCGGGCGGGCCGCGGGCCUGCUUUGGCCUGGCCUGCCUGGGCCUGGUCUGCCUCAGCGUCCUCCUGCUGCCCGGCCGGCCCAGUCCCGCCAGCUGCCUGGCCCAGCAGCCGCUGCUGCACCUCCCACUCACGGGCUGCCUGAGCACCCUCUUCCUGCGGGCGGCCGAGGUCUUUGUGGAGGCGGAGCUGCCGCCCAGCUGGGCAGACCAGCUGCGCGGGCACCUGCGGGGGCCGCGGGCCUGGCUGCUGGUGCUGCUGGCCGUGCUGGCGGAGGCGGCACUGUGCACCUGGUACCUGGUGGCCUUCCCGCCGGAGGUGGUGAUGGACUGGCAGGUGCUACCCACGGAGGCGCUGGUGCACUGCCGCGUGCGCUCCUGGGUGGGCUUCGGCCUGGUGCACGCCGUCAACGCCGUGCUGGCCUCGCUCUGCUUCCUAGGCACCUUCCUGGCGCACCACCAGCCCGGCCGCCUCGAUGGCGCCCGCAGCCUCACCUUCGCCAUGCUGGCCUACUUCAUCACCUGGGUCUCCUUCGUGCCCCUCUUCGCCAGCGUGCACGUGGCCUACCAGCCCGCCGUGCAGAUGGGGGCCAGCCUCCUCUGCGUCCUGGGCAUCCUGGCCACCUUCCACCUGCCCAGGUGCUACCUGCUGCUGCAGCAGCCGGCGGGCAACCCCCCCGAGUUCUUCCAGGGAGGGGGUCCUGGCAGUGCCAGCGGGCCGGGCGGCGGCAGGGGCGGAGCCCAUGACCCAGCAACCUCGCCCCAGUGCGCCCAGACCUAG